AUGUUGUCAAAACGCGAUGCGUUGAUAAGAGCUCUUGUUUUGACGCUCUAUUAUGUGGGCGUGGCUGGCGCCGAUGAUCGUCGCGAUUUCGUGACACUGGGCGUGAUGAAGAGCAGGCGUGACAGUGCCAGAAGAUCCCCGCAACGGCUUGGUGGCAUGACCAUUGAUGGUAUUGGCUAUCACUAUACGCUGCGCUACCAGCCCAGCAAACACCUCCAGAGUUUUGCACAGCAACAGGAACAGGAGAUGACUAUGGCACCGCCGAUGCCGCCAGCAAUGACAGAGAUGCCGCCGGCGCCGACAGAGCCGAUGGAACCCGAAGAGCCCGAGCCAACCAUACCAAUGCGCCCGACUUCCAUGGAGCCCGAUCCGGAGCCAACUGAAAUACCAACUGAGCCCACUAGCACGGACAUGAUGCCAAGUGCUAUGCCAACGGAGGAGCCAUCGGCUAAGCCUUCAGUGAAGCCUUCGGUGAGGCCCUCCGUAAGGCCUUCGAUGAGGCCUUUUCCGCCGCCCACUCCAGCCACAACGCGCACCUCUAUCAUGCAGCCACAGACAUUUUCCACCAAGCUGGCAAAUAAACUUAAGCAGCUCAUCUAUGGAUCGCCAAUCCAGGCCAAUCUUAUACAAAAACAGCCCGGUGCACCCAAAUCUAAGGGCAAGGGCUUCUUAAGUCUCUUCGAGGUGAUCAAAUUUCCCAACACCAAGUGCAGCGUUUCGAUGGGCGACAUUCGCACCAUGGAGGGAGUCUGUUAUCACGAGUUCGAAUGCAAAAGCUUGGGCGGCAUACCCACCGAACGAUGUGCCGAAGGUGUUGGCGCCUGUUGCAUCUUUGUUCAUGGCUGUGGCGAUGUUACCAGCCAGCAGAUCGUUUACUUUGAGAGUCCCAACUACCCACAGGCGGUGCGCGAAAUGAUGAUCUGUGUGCUCAUCAUAAAUCUGAGACAAGGGGUGCAGCAGCUGCGCCUGGACUUCCAAAUGUUCGAGCUCAGUCGCCCCACAGAUGGCGAUUGUCUAGACGAUCAAUUCAUCAUAUCCGGACAUAAUGCAAACUUCCAAAUACCCAUACUCUGUGGCAUUAAUACGGGCCAACACCUAUAUGUGCACGUGGGAGACUCCACUGAGAGUAAGGUAUAUCUCUCGGUAUUUGUGAAGGUCUCAAGCGGCGGACGAUCGUUUAAUAUCAUGAUCAGUCAACUUGAAGAUCAGCUAGCGCCGGAUAAUUGCCUGCAAUACUUUAAAGACGGCGAGGGUAUCAUCAAGUCAUUCAACUACGACGUGGCUGGCAGCAUUGUGGACAACCGCGAGGCAACCUAUCUGAACAAUCUCAACUAUGCAAUAUGCUUAGCCAGGUCAAAAAAUGUGUGCAGCAUUAGCUAUAGCACCGAACAGCAAGGCGGCGAUCAGCCCGACUUCCAGCUCAUCAAUAAGGAUGAAGCUGAAAAUGAUCUUGUGCCCGAUGGCCAGGCUGGCGCUGGGAUCUUCAAUUGCCCGGACGACUUCAUAGCCAUCAACUCGGUGCGAUUGUGCGGAGAGCGGCUGAACGAUGGAAUCGAGAUUGAGGAUUAUACCAUGCAUGCCACAGUGAGGGAUAUAGCCGCCGGUCCCAUUGUGCUGCCCUUUCGCACCGAUGCCGAGUAUGUGGGUCGCGGCUUUCGUCUGUUCUAUAGGCAGGAGUUGUGUGUCUGAUAUGGAUGCAGUUCGG